CUGGAAUGGUCCCUCCACAAACACAAUAUCCAACUAUCCUUCUGCAUACAGCCCUAUAUUGUCUUAACCCAUCAUCUCUUACUCUUAAUCUUUGACUUUCAUCAUCUUAUCGUCUAUACUACUGUCUUGUUUAUGCUAGCCAUCCUAGCUGUUUCAUCUGCAUAACUAUAUUUUUACCGUGGUCACAUUAAUAUACCAUCCUACUAGCGAAAUGAAGCGAGGCCGAAAGCAAGAUGAUACUCUACCGCCUUCUCGUAGCCGAGAAAUCCAGAGGGCUUUCCGACAGAGGAGGUCUGAUUACAUCCAAGGUUUGGAAAAGCGCGUCGAGGAAUUAGAGAUGGAAGUUGAUCAAGUCCUUAGGCAGCUCGGUGAACCUGCUCGAUACGCUACGCUUGGGUCCUCUAUGCAUGAAACGCCUGUUAACCGCAAGAAAUCUAAAUGCAAAUCUAAGCAAGCUCUCCCCAAUUUCAUGGAUUUACAGCCUUCUCCGGCAAUGAUGAGCAAAGUGCAUUCUGCUGUGAUCGAGCAUGGUGGACCUCUGGUAACGUCUCGACCAUCCACCUUGUCGGGCCGCCAAAUCUUGUCCAACUUUUUCGUAGACGGGUCGUAUUCUAUGCAUGACUAUGAACUACAUGCCAACCAAUCUCAUUCCCGUAAUGCAUCAGACACCUACUCCACUGAUACCAAACCUGAUAUCGUUGAGGAAACGUGUCAAGAUUUUGAAAGGUCACACUCUAUGUCUCCCCUACCCUCUACGCGGAUCUUGAGUGGAAGAUGGGAGAGCAAUUCUCAAAUCACACCUUCAACACAUUCAGGUCGCUCUUCACCUUUCGGAGCUGUAUCUUCUCUCCAGCAACCAUCUGCGAUGCAUCCGGAUCAACUAGCUAGCUCACAUGGCAGCGUGACGUAUCCAGGCCUCCAAGCGACUCUUUCGCAACAUAAACCAUCGUUUGUCAUCUCUAGCGGGUUAGGCCUCACUCGGAACAUAUCCACUCAUUCGACGCAGACUUCGCGAUCUGACUCAUCUCCGCGUGCCCCCAUGCAUGAAGCGAGGUACGAUUACUACAAAUCCCCGUCCGACAUCGAAACGUCACCAUGCUACUACUCCAGCGAGGGUUUGCCUUUUCCGACCUACCCACCGUACACCUUUCCUUCACCAAACGAUCAGUCUUGCCAUGUUUCUCCGUACAAAAGCGCACAGGGAUCACCGUUUAAUUGCUCAUCCGGUGUUAUGCUGCAAUCUGCCACUUCCGAUUGCCAUUUAAAUCCAAGUGGGUAUUUCGAGGAUGAUGAAAGUCAACUACAUCCCUCUGAGUUCGUUUAUCAGCCAGGAAGAUUACAGCCAGCGUUUAGUCUCCUGAAACCAUCUAACGACCUUGCGAGUGUUUCCAUGAGGUCUGGCAACGACUUAUCUCAGGAGCAUCCAAUCUCCAACGAAGGUUCAAGCGAAUCGCUCAGUAGCGUGACAUCUUUGAACGAGUCAGGCCAGCCGGGUGGGGGAGAUCAGCUUGAUUAUGAUCUUUGCUCGCUGGGUAAUGGACUUGAACUCUCCCCACGCAUUCCUAACCACUAGAAAAACUGUAUCCAAUCUAUAGUCAUCGACUUCCUUACUUGUUCUACAUCUUUUAGUCUUCAUCUACCCUCAGACAGCUCAUUGGGGCUUGGAGCCCGGAUUAAGUUUGUUUUUGAACAUCAUACCAUCAGUACGCUGAUAAUGUUGUAGCUAUUCUUCCAUUUGUAACAAUUCUUUCUCGCCUUUCUCUUGAUCUUGAUUAUGAGUCUCUUUCUACCCAAAAAAUCGGUCUACACAUGUCAUCGGAUUAGCGUCACUGUCACGUUUACGAAUCCCAAUUUUCUGAUCAUGUAUAUACCUAGCAAAUACUGAAGCUUUAAUUACCAAUUACUAAGAACAUUUAUUUAAUCGCUG